GCAGUCGUCAGACCUCCCGAUCUCAAGCAAUAGUAAUGCUGGCUCAGCUCGUGGCAGACGUGUGCCCGUCGUCGGCGUCGUUUUUCGGCUUCAUGGGCGUCGCCUCCGCGCUCGUUUUCGCCAACCUGGGCGCCGCGUACGGCACGGCCAAGUCGGGCGUGGGCAUCGCGUCGAUGGGCGUGAUGCGGCCGGAGCUGGCCAUGCGCAACAUCAUCCCCGUGGUCAUGGCCGGUGUGCUGGGCAUCUACGGGCUGAUCGUGGCGGUGAUCAUCCAGGGCUCGAUCGACCCCCCGAACGGCAACGCGCCCAAGUACGGCUCGUACACGGGCUUCGCGCACCUGGCGGCGGGUCUGUGCUGUGGCCUGAGCGGCCUGGCGGCCGGCAUGGCCAUCGGCGUGGUGGGCGACGCGGGCGUGCGCGCCGUGGGCCAGCAGGAGAAGCUGUUCGUGAACAUGAUCCUGAUCCUGAUUUUCGCGGAGGCUCUGGGUCUGUACGGCCUGAUCGUGGCGCUGAUCCUGUCGCAGAAGAAGAGCGACUGCCCGUCGGAGUAAGCAGGUUCAGGCAGGUGGUAGCGG